CUGCAGAAGGAAGACGGACAGCGAAGCAGAGCCACAGUAUAAACAUAGCCGAGUAUUAAAGACGCUAGCGGGCCAGGGUAAAGCAGAGGUAUUCUCGCUGUUUUCCAACGACAUCGCGGGUAGUGGCUGAGUUUGUUUAUGGGUGUUUUGCGGGUGUUUGAACUUCCCUCACAUUCUCCCCGACGUGUUUUCACGAAGGGAGGCGGUGGAAGGCUCGGCAGCCAUCUUUGGACCUGCCUGGGAGUGGGAUCCGACGAUUCUGGCACCACCGUUACUUCAAGGGUGGGGAUUUUAACCUGUAAUCAUUUGGAAAUCCGUGUCCAAUAAUCGAUUGACAACUUUGAGAACCAUGAGGAUUUAGUGCAGUUUACGUAUUGCAUCGGGCGAGAUACGCGGCCGACACUUUUUCUCAUCCCAAAUUGUUUGAAUUAGCUUACACGACAUUGUGUGAUUCUCCGCUGAAGGCUGGCCUGUCAGUGAAGGCUCUGAACACAUAUGAAGCCACUGUCCUGCAGAUGAGCCAUCGGUGGGGGCUGUCAGGUCGCUGUCGCAGAUCCAGAUAGUUCCUGGCGGCAGCGGCAUUGCCCCCCCUCAUUAUGCCCAACACCAGUCGGGCGGGGAGCCUGAAGGACCCCGAAAUCGCUGAGCUCUUCUUCAAGGAGGACCCAGAAAAGCUCUUCACAGAUCUGCGUGAGAUUGGACAUGGCAGCUUCGGUGCUGUCUAUUUUGCACGGGAUGUGCGCACAAAUGAGGUGGUGGCCAUCAAGAAGAUGUCAUAUAGUGGAAAGCAAUCUAACGAGAAAUGGCAAGACAUAAUUAAGGAAGUGAAAUUCCUGCAGAGAAUACAACACCCAAACAGCAUAGAGUACAAAGGAUGUUACCUCCGAGAGCACACUGCCUGGCUGGUGAUGGAGUAUUGUUUAGGCUCUGCUUCAGAUUUGUUAGAAGUUCACAAGAAACCUCUGCAAGAAGUGGAAAUUGCUGCAAUUACCCAUGGUGCUCUUCAAGGGUUAGCUUAUCUGCACUCUCAUAACAUGAUUCACCGAGAUAUCAAGGCGGGGAACAUCCUGCUGACAGAGCCUGGACAGGUGAAACUUGCAGAUUUUGGUUCUGCCUCCAUUGCCUCUCCUGCCAACUCCUUUGUGGGGACGCCAUAUUGGAUGGCCCCAGAGGUGAUCUUAGCUAUGGAUGAGGGUCAGUAUGAUGGAAAGGUGGACAUUUGGUCUUUGGGAAUAACCUGCAUCGAAUUAGCUGAGAGGAAGCCUCCACUGUUCAACAUGAAUGCGAUGAGUGCCUUAUACCAUAUAGCGCAGAAUGAGAGCCCAACACUGCAGUCUAGCGAGUGGACGGAUUAUUUCCGAAACUUUGUAGAUUCUUGCCUUCAGAAAUUUCCCCAGGACAGACCCAACUCUGAGGAGCUGUUAAAGCAUGCAUUUGUACAACGUGAGCGACCAGAAUCAGUUCUAAUGGACCUGAUCCUGCGGACUAAGGAUGCAGUGCGGGAGCUGGACAAUCUACAGUAUCGCAAAAUGAAAAAGAUCCUCUUUCAGGAGGCCCACAAUGGCCCCACAACUGAGGCACAAGAUGAGGAGGAGGAGCCAGAGCACAGUGUGGGUAGGACGGGCACAGUGAACAGUGUUGGGAGCAACCAGUCCAUCCCCAGUAUGUCAAUCAGUGCCAGCUCCCAGAGCAGCUCUGUUAACAGUCUAACAGAUGCUGGCGACGACAAGAGUGAGCUGGACAUGGAGGGAGACCACACGGUCAUGUCCAACAGCUCUGUCAUCCACCUCAAACCGGAGGAAGAGACAUACCAUGAAGACUCUGAACCUCACACACGGCCAACUGAGCCACAGUCUCCGCCUGCACACACUCCACGGCCAAAACGCAACCGCGAACACUUUGCCACUAUACGCACAGCCUCUCUGGUAACCCGCCAGAUGAAGGAGCAUGAGCAGGAUUCUGAGUUGCGGGAGCAGAUUUCAGGCUACAAGCGCAUGCGGCGACAGCACCAGAAACAGCUGAUGGCUCUGGAAAACAAGUUGAAGGCUGAGAUGGAUGAGCACAGACUCCGCCUGGACAAGGAGCUGGAGAACCAGAGGAAUAGCUUUGCCCAGGAGAUGGAGAAACUCAUCAAGAAGCACCAGGCAUCCAUGGAGAAAGAUGCAAAAACGUUUACCAAUGAUGAGAAGAAAUUCCAACAGCACAUCCAGAGCCAGCAGAAGAAAGAGCUGAACAGCUUCUUAGAAUCUCAGAAACGGGAGUACAAACUUCGCAAGGAACAACUCAAAGAGGAGCUGAAUGAAAACCAGUCAACACCUAAGAAGGAGAAGCAGGAGUGGCUGUCCAAGCAGAAGGAGAACUUCCAGCACUUCCAGGCAGAGGAGGAGGCCAACCUGCAGCGCAGACAGAGGCAGUACCUAGAACUGGAGUGCCGCAGGUUCAAAAGGAGGAUCCUGAUUGCUCGCCACAACAUUGAACAAGAUUUAGUGCGAGAGGAGCUAAACAAACGUCAGACCCAGAAGGACUUGGAGCAUGCCAUGCUUUUGCGGCACCAUGAGUCCAUGCAGGAGCUGGAGUUUCGCCAGCUCAACACCAUCCAAAAGAUGAGGGGGGAGCUGAUCCGCCUGCAGCACCAGACAGAGCUCACCAACCAGCAGGAGUACAACAAGAGGAGGGAGAGGGAACUCCGACGGAAGCACGGUAUGGAGGUUCGCCAGCAGCCUAGGAGCCUUAAGUCCAAAGAGCUACAGAUCAAGAAGCAGUUCCAGGACACCUGUAAGAUCCAGACCCGGCAGUAUAAGGCACUGAGGAACCAUCUACUAGAGAGCACACCAAAGUCAGAUCACAAGGCUGUUCUGAAGCGUCUGAAGCAGGAGCAGCACCGCAAACUUGCCAUAUUGGCAGAACAGUAUGACCACUCCAUUAAUGAGAUGCUCUCCACUCAGGCGCUCCGUCUGGAUGAGGCUCAAGAGGCCCAGUGCCAGGUUCUACGAAUGCAGCUACUGCAGGAGCUGGAGCUUCUCAACGCCUACCAGAGCAAGAUCAAAAUGCAGACAGAUGCCCAGCAUGACCGCGAGAGGAAGGACCUGGAGCAGAGGGUGUCACUCAGGAGGGCCCUACUCGAACAGAAGAUAGAGGAGGAGAUGUUGUCUCUGCAGAAUGAACGUUUGGAGCGAAUCCGGAGCCUUCUGGAGCGUCAAGCCCGAGAGAUUGAGGCUUUUGACUCAGAGAGCAUGCGGCUUGGCUUCAGCAACAUGGUGCUGUCAAAUCUCUCCCCAGAGGCCCUUAGCAAUAGCUUUCCAGGGGCUCCAGGAACGUGGAGUCACCAUCCGCAACAUCACCAGUCUGGGAGCUCCCAAGGGCCACACUGGGGCAGCGGCGGCUCAGGGGGAGGGGCGAGCCACCAAGGUAGUCAUCACCACUAUCACUCCAGUCAGGGAGGGGCACCUAUGCAGCAAGGCUGGGGGCAAGGCAUGCAGGGAGGUGGGGGUCCCCAGCCAUGGGUUCAUCCAUCAGCAGGAUCCUUGAUGUCCCGAAGCAGCGGAGGUGUUCAGAACAGCCCCCAAGCAAUGAGGAGGACAGCCUCUGGAGGGCGCAACGAGCAGGGCAUGAGCAGGAGUACAAGUGUCACCUCUCAAAUAUCUAACGGGUCACACCUUUCCUACACAUAGGCUCAUGGGGAUGUAGAAUCGAGUAAACACAGUGAGACAGAGUAAUGGCUGCGCUCUACGACUCUCUCUCUCUGUUACAUUUCCCCUCCGUUAUUCCCAUGUACAGAUGUGGAUGUGUGAUGAAAUAAAUGUUGCUCAGGUCAAAAGGGCUGGAAGAGGCACAGCCCCUCCUCACAGCAGUUUAUCAGCACACAUACAGAUCCUUUAAUUUGUUUUUACAUGUUUUGAGUGUCAACACAGAAUACUCCCACCUUUUUCAUUUACAGCUCUCCUAUGGAAAUCAUUUUUAUAAAUAUGUAUUUUGUGCUAUUCACAGCCAUUGCUCUCAUUUUGCACAUGAAACACUGUUAAAAAGCCUUUGACAUGUGUUAACUAUGUCCUUACAAAUGUAGUGUCAAGCGAUCACAGUAAGCUAAUUUUGUUUAGGAAAAUCCCCUGAUUCAUAUUCAUUCAUACGCUGGCCUUUCCUCACACGGUGGUUAAAACCCCAGCAGUUCCAACUGAAGAUGCUUUGCUGUUCUGAUGCCAGCCUGCUGUAAUGGUCAUUGUGAUCAAUUAGGUGCCGUCAUUCUUCAGUAGUUUGGUUUCACUUGGUUUCCUGGUCAUCAGCCAAAAUGAGACUUUACAAAUCCAGAGCCAAAUAAACUAAUCUUAACUGUUUCAGGCUUCAAAGUUAAGCUACAACUCUAAUAUUGUGCCUUUUCAACCUUUGAUAGUAGGAAUCAGUCUUCGUCAGAAGUUUAUAUUUUAAUGUUUUAAAUAUCAUCAGCAAUUUCAGGUUAAUGCUAGAAUAUUUUAGUUCAUUGUGUUUUCUUAACCUCUUUUUAUGUUAUACACUGGCAUUUUUAGCUGACAAAAAAAUAGUCCCAAGGUUUUUUUUUUUUUUUUCCCCCUCAAAUUUUUAUUUGCGCUAUGUAUGCAGUAAUUUUGCUGUACUGAAGUCUUAAAAAAUCGUGAAAAAUGGCAAAUUAUUUUCUCAUAUCAGUAACUAUAUUUAGAGGUCUGACUAAUAGGUUAAACGUGUUGGUACUCUGCUUUAAGGUGGACAGCUGCUUUAAGGAGAAUGUCGGCGUGUAGCUCCACAUGAUGGAUUGUGAGGAAAGAGUAGACUCCUUUGCCUUUCAAAAAAAAAAAAAAAAAAAAAAACACCCUAGAAUUGAUCUCUUGAUUUUAUUAGUGCCUUUUAAAACUGCUGCCUUUUCAAAGCACUUUAUCCAGCUACAUAUGUAUAAUGUAAAAAUUUUUGUUUAAGAAACACACCCUGAGGAUGAGUGUUCGGUAUGUAGUUGAGUGGAGGAAACAAAUUGUUCAACAAACCUUUGUUGUAAUUUUUAGGAAUUAUUUCCGCAGUCAAGGUCUUGUAUGGAGCAACCUAUAUGUAUCUAAAUCUCUUAUAUUUCAUCUUUUUCAUCAAAUAAAUAAUUAUGAAUUACAGCUUACAAGAUGUGAGGCUGCUGCAGCAGUUUGAUGAUGGAUAUAUUUUGCUCUUUUCUGUUCUCAUCAUCAUCAGAGAAAUUAACCAAACUGAGGAGAGAAUAAUGCGCUGGCUGUUUGUGUAAGCGAAUUGUCAUGACCAUGACAGCAGGCUUGGCAAUACUAACAAUAUGAGAACUGAAAACUACAACACUGUCUUACAGUUUUUUUUAGAGCCCACUUAAGCAACACUAAGAACACAAAACGGUGCUAAGUAAUCGAUGCUAAACCAUCUCAUCAGUACCGAAGAACAAUGGUGAGUGAAUCAAGCACAUGUUGUCAUUGUGGCUUUGUAGCAUGUAAAUAUAACAUGGACUAAGCAGACACUCGGUAAGAUCAGCAGUUUUCAAAAUGAAUACACGUGGCAGAAGCACUUAAAAAGUCCUUUGGUGCCCCCUAGCAGUUUUUACCUCCUGUAAAAGAUGAGAAAACUUCAAGGACCAUUUCUUUUUCCUGUCAUUAUUCUCUCUGGUUUGCUGGUAAUGGAAAGUCAUUGGAGUCAGCCAGUGCCCCCUAAACCUCUGUGUGCUAUAGUCUCCCUACAGCAGAGCGGCUUCCAGUUUCCACAUAGAGAAUCUGAAACACUUCAAUAUUGAAACGGCCUUUAAGGUUAAUGAUCCAGAGAUUAUUAGGAUAUAUCCUCCCACGAAUCACAAAGCUGGAGUUAAAUGUUGAUAUUGUGUAUAUUUUUACGAGAUAAAACAUUUAAGAACUAAACUUGCAUUACGAGAAAAGAAUUUCUAAAACUAACAUUAUUUAACUGACAGACUACACUGAUAUUAGAAAGCCUUUCGCUCUCAAAGUGAAAAUGGUGUCGAGUUGUCUGAAAAUAGCUUAUGGAAAAUAUUCUUGUUUUGUGUACACUGACUCAGAAUGCUAUAUAUGCAUGUUUUUUGCUGUCAUUUUCUUUAAAUGCCACUCAUUUUGUCAACUGGACAUUUCUGAACUUUAUCACUGCAGAGUCCUUUUUUACUCUGCCUUUUUUUUUGUUUGUUUGUUUUGGUUAGUUUUGUUUUGGACAGUUUCUCCCCAUUCCACUCACUCACAGCCACUAGCUUCUCAACCGCUCAGAUUUUGGCUCCUUCUGAAUGUCAUGCUGUGAUCGAUUUCUGUCACGUUUAAGGGCACAAAAAUGCUGGGAUAUUUUCUUUAAGAGGUGGGAUUUUUAUUUUCCAAAUGUAUAUACCCUGCCUUCCCUAGGAAGCGUACAACAUGUUACACACUUCAGGUUUUGUCCCAAAACUCUCAAACACUUUCCUUCUUUGUUUUCGUUGUAACACCAAGUGAAUAGCUUCAGCUACUGUAACACAGCAGGUUAUAUUCAUUGUCUUUGCUGAUUUGUUAAUAUUUCAGUAAAGAAAAGGGGAAUGUAUUUAAGAUUAUUGGGAUCUUACCUUAAGUCAAAAGCCAAGGCCAAUAGUUUGAAUGUCAGGCCAAUCGAACCUCACUUAUGUAAUGCCAACUUUUAAGUUUUAUGCACAGUUUUGUUCACUUUUAAGUCGAUGUUCUGUGUGAGGGAGUCUGAUGUUGUUGAUAAUUGUCAUUCAUAAGACCUCUACACAAACCUGGAUUUUAUUUUAUUAUUAUAAUUUUUUUACUUUAACAUUGAUGUCAAAUUUUGUCCUACUGACUGAAAGCAUAUGGGAUACUGAAUGAGAAACGGCAACAGGAAAUGGAGAUCCUUCCUCUGGUCAAACACUGUGCCAUACCUGAGUUGCCAAGCCCAGACACCACUGCAUAGUUUCAUCUCCAUGGUUAUACCUGCGAUCGGGCUGAUGGCAUCAAACGUAUGAAACAUAAACCAGUUGGUUCUGGUCUAGUGGCCAAUAUAAAGAGGCUUGACGUGGUGACAGGCAAAUUAUGGAAAAAAAAAAAAAAAAAAAAAGAUUGCAUUUCUUUGAAGAUGUCAGUAUUCUUCUUUGGCACAACAUUACCACUACAACUCAUUUAACCUGUAUUAAAAUGUAUAGAUGGUGAAACAUGUUAUUGAAUGUCAGAGA